AUGCAGUACGUUCAGCUUACAAUCGAGCUCAUCACCAAGGCCUUCGAGACAUUUUCUUCUAAGAAGGGAGUGGAGUUUACCAAGAAAGAUGCAAAUAAGAUCUUUAAGGCGCUUGAUGAGGAUGAGGGAGUAGAGAGAUACUACUUUUGUGGUGCAAAGUGCACCAAGUCCAAGCGCAAAUGCAUGAAGGAAGUUGAUGAUGAAGGCAUGCAUUGUUAUGUCCACGAUCCUGCGCGCAAGUGUCAAGGCACAACCAUUAAGGGCGCUAAUUGUGGUAGUGUAGCCAAACUUGGUGAAACAUACUGUGGACGUCAUCGAGAGCAGCAUAAAGGUCAUAUGAAAAGCAGUAACAAUAAGGCACCUGCCAACAAGCGUACCAAGUCUUCCAAGAUAACCAAGAAGACACAUACUCCUGAGUUUGUCCCUUCAGAUGAUGAUAUGACUUCCGAGGAUGAAGAACCAAAGAAGCGAAAGAGAAACAAGCAGGAGUCAUCGGAUGAGGAGCCGUCCGAUGAUGAUGAAGAAGAUAUAAUUGCCGUCUCCUUUCCGUUGAGUCCAAAGAUGGGACUCCAAGAGGCAACUCCUGCUGAUGUAGAAAAAAUAGAAGAGUCUUCUGCUGAUGAGAAUUCUGACGAUGAUACAGAUGAUGGUGAUACGUCUGAUGAUGCUGGCUCUGACGAUGAUUCCCCUGAUGAUAAAGACUCUGAUGAUGGCAAGUCCAAUAACAGACCUGAUGUAGAAUCUGGAGAUGAUACCUCUAAGGAUAACCCUGAUGAAAAACUAUCUCAUAAAAAAUCAGAGAAAGACAUAGCACGUGCGAAGGACAGAGGAUGGAUGAUUCAUCCUAAUAACGACAUGCUUGAGUAUGCAACUAAGUUUACGAUGAAUGGCAAGUACAUUGUCAGGCUAUCUGGAAAGAAUACAUACGUUGGCCUGUUUACGCUUGAUGCUCUGCGCGGUGUCGGUGAUGUUCCAGAGUUGGAUAUCUUGGAACGCUCCAUGCUUAGCAAGAUGAAACUUCAACCAUUGUCUGAUGAAGAGAGAAAGACGCUUUUCAACGAGGAGAUCGAAGUAGAAGAAGAAGUACCAGUAGAAGGACCAACAGAUAAAUCCAAGGUGAUAUGGAAAAAACUUAACAAGUACUUGGAAUAUUCCGAGAAUGUACUUGUAAAUGGAAUGCACAUUCUCAAGAUGCGCAAAAAAGACACUGUAAUCGGCUUGAUGACUGAUGACCAUAUUGCUGCAGAGAAUGUAGAGUGUCAUUCUCUUAGCCAGAAGGAAAAAGAGAAGUUGUUUGCUAUGGGAUUUAAACCGCAUGAGCAUAAGCAAAGCUUGCCACAGAAAGAUGAGAGCACAUGUGAGGAUGAUAAAGAUGCUGAGGGCGAUAAAGAUGCUGAGGAUGACAAAGAUGCGGUGGGUGAUAAAGAUGCUGAAGAUGACAAAGAUGCUGAGGGUGAUAACGAUGCUGAAGAUGAUAAAGAUGCUGAGGAUGAUAAAGAUGCUGAGGAUGUUAUGUGGAAAAGCAAUUUUUCGGACACGACAGAGAAGUUAUCAUCCCAGGAGGAGCUCUUAAAGCGGCUUGAGUACAUGACCAAGACCGUCAUUCCAGCGAUUGACACUAAGACCCGCGAAACUCAACGUCGAAUGAUUGAGCGUUUCAAUAGAACAGUACUGCACAGUGAAUUCCCUGAUGGAGCAAAGGUUAUGUCUUUGGACCCGAUCUUGGGCGACAAGCUUUCGCCUAGGAUCGCAAUCUCUAACGCAGCCUCGUCAAACGGCCGCGACUCUCGGGACUAA